AUGCUUCGCUCGGUUCGUGUGACGGCAGAGGUCGACGUUUCGGUGCCAACAUUCGCGGACCAUCUAUUGGCGUACCCUCGCCGCCGUCCACUCACUCGAUAUGGAGAGGGUGCUGAAACGAUGGGCGAAGGAAAUCCCAUCCAUCCAUUGUCGGCAAUCGGGUUGGAUGGAAUGGGAGUCGAGGAGGAGGAGGAGGAGGAGGAGGAGGGGUUCGAGCUGCAGUCAAACUAUGAUCCUCUUCGACCGUUUCAGGCUCGCUACCGAGAUCAAGGCAUACGGAAAGCCGACAUGCGGCAGUGUGAUGGUUCGGCGGAUGGGUGUCGUGUCGUUUUCGGUCACGAGCAAGAGCUCUCUUGUUUCGUUUCAGCGCGGUUGGUGGUGAAGCAAGUGCCGUCGCAGGGGGUGCGUCAAGGUGCUUCUCCUGCCCCGGACCAGCGACGGACGGUGCGGGCUGGUGGUGGUGCAAGGAAGGUCAUGGACCGAGGUGCGGUGGCAUGCCGUGGAAUGUGA